AUGAAUUAUGGCGUGGAGAAGCUGAAACUGAAGUAUUCGAAGCAUGGGUGUGUUACGUGUAAGAUCAGGAAGAAGAGAUGCUCGGAGGACAAGCCUGUGUGCCGAGACUGUUUUCGAUUAAGUUUUCCUUGCAUCUAUAUAUCAGAGCCGAUGGAUAAGCAGUCGUUAAAGAGAAUAAAGGCGGACAUCCAGCACCAGUUGAUAAGCAAGAAAAGAAAACACGCUCCUGACAAUGUUCAAAAGGUGGUCGUGGCCGCCCAUGCUCGUCGAAUGAGUGACGAUGAACAGGAUAACCAGAUCUAUUUAUCAAAACCGCUGGAAGAUAGCAUUUCUCAAAGACUAGAUUCGAUGGGACUGCAGCUUUACAACUAUUACAGGUCUCAUCUGGCCAACAUCAUUUCCAUUGCUCCUAUGAAUCAGAACUACUACUUGAACAUCUUCCUGCCAAUGGCCCACGAGAACGACGGUAUAUUGUUUGCGAUCCUAGCUUGGUCAGCGAACCAUUUGUCGAUAUCUUCAUCCGACGAGCUGCAAAAGGACGAGAUAUUUGUCAAUUUGGCGAAUAAGUAUACGUAUAUGUCGCUAGCGCACCUCAAGACCAAUGAAGAUUCGAGUGUCUAUGCUAAGUUGAGUUUCCUAUAUUCGCUGGCGCAAAUCCUGAUUUUAUGUGGCUCAGAGAUAUGUCAGGGUGACGUGAAGUUUUGGAAGAUAUUGUUGAAUAUUGGGAAGAACUUAAUCGAAAACCAUGUGGGUAGGGAUAUCUCACGGAUAUUAACUACCACCACAGAAGAGCCGUCCCUAGAGGAGAGGAUAAUCUUCCCCAACUUCAACUCUGUUGUUAAAUACUGGCUGGUUGUGAAUUUCAUAUACCAUGAUAUUUUGAAUUUCAAUACGACGUCUUUUCCCAUAGAACAAUACGAAAAAUUCUUCCAGAGGGAACAGAACUGUCAGUCCAACUCAGUCAACUUCAUAGAGCCGGCGGACUCACCGAUUGAAGAAAUUGACCCUUUAAUCGGGAUCAACAAGCCGAUUUUGCUACUGUUGGGUCAAGUGACAAAUUUGACAAGGUUUCUGCAGACUAUGGGGCAGGAGGAAAUGCUGGAGCACGGGGAUGAAAUUUUACGUUUGCAAGUUAAAAUUUAUAAACUACAGCCUUCACUCAUGGCGCUGGACCAUUUGGACAGUGAUAAGAAAUUCUACUAUCUUGAACUGUUUGAAAUAAUGAAAAUCUCCACUUUGAUGUUUUUCCAAUUAACACUGCUGAAAAUUGACAAAGAUUCGCUGGAGCUGCAAAUACUGAGAAAUAAACUUAAUUCAAAAUUGGAAAAGGUCAUUGGGACAUUUUUGGAAGGGUCACUGUGCUUCCCGCUUUUCAUUUACGGCGUGUGUAUCCAGGCAGACGACAUGGAGAAAAAAUUAGAUCUGGAAGCUAAAUUUGAUGAUAUUCUAAAACGAUAUAAAUGUUACAAUUUCCAAAACGCAAGAUUAUUAGUUCGGAAAAUUUGGCAAAACGAAGCCGAUGGCAUCAGCGAACACAACCUGGUACACAUGAUUGAUGAACUGGACUACAAUAUUAAUUUUGCUUAA